UCCCUUUGUUAUUGUUUUGACUGGUAAGCGUAGUUUACUAUCAAUGGUGUCUUAUACGCUUAUAUUUGCUUUUAUGCGAUGGAGCAUCUGAUUUCGGAUUGAAAUUUUUUUCCAGAUACAUUGGAACUAUUAAAUAAUCAUGAAUAAGACCAAAGAUAAGAAUAAACCUAAGGGUCCUAUGUCUGCUUAUGCCUGUUUUGUACAAGUUAUUCGAGAAGAGCACAAAAAGAAGCAUCCUGGUGAACAAAUUGUAUUCAGUGAUUUUUCAAAAAAGUGCGCAGAACGAUGGAAGUUAAUGACACCAAAAGAGAAGAAACGAUUCGAAGAUCUAGCUGUCUUGGAUAGAGAACGAUUCAAUCGUGAAAUGUGUGAUUACGUGCCACCAGAUGGCAUGAAAAAAGGGAAGAAACGCAAGGGUCCUAAAGACCCCACAGUACCUGCACGAGCCUGGUCUGCUUUCUUUUUCUUCUGUGAUGAAUUCCGUUCAAAAGUCAGAGAAAGCAAUCCGGAUUGGAAAGUUGCAGAUAUUGCUAAAGAACUUGGACGUCAAUGGGAAACUUGUCAAGAUAAAGCAAAGUAUGAACUAUUAGCUCAAAAAGAUAAACAGCGUUAUGAAGAGGACAUGAUAAAAUAUCGGGCGGGGACUUAUGUUCCUAGAGAGAAGAAACUUGCAGGUGCUGUGUCAAACUCUGCAUCUAUCAGGACUUCUGAAGCUCAGAAUCCAGAUUGUGCUACAGUUACCAGUGCUGGAGGUGAUGAAAACGGUGCGGAGUUAGAAGAUGAAGAUGACGGCGAACCUGAUGAGGGUGAGGAAGAGUGAAGAUCAGAACAUUAGGUUUUUGAUAACUCAGUUGUACAGGUUUAUUGCAUUUAUAAUGUUCUAAUCCCCUUCCAAUUCUUACCUAAACUUUGUAUACAUUGGUUUUAUUGUUAUUUUUGUAUCAUUCAUAAAUUGAAUGUACAUCAUUCAUACUUUGACUUUCGUUUAUUGUGUGAUGUAAGAUUCUGAUAAACAUAUAUAUAUUAUUGUUCAUUAUUGAGUGUUACUGUAUUGUAAUUUUAAUAGUACAGUUAUAUUCACGAGCUCGACUUUUCAACGUUUGAAAUAAGGAGACGGCAUGUUGUAUAUUCUUGUUUUUUUUUCCUUGGACUACCAGAUACGUGUGAGUCCUUUUCUAGAAUGUCUAGUCUUGAAUAAGUUGAUCGGAAACCCGGGCAAUUCUAUGUUAUAUCCCGAAAGUUGGCUAGUCAAUUGGGGAACCUAUACAUCAAGGGAUCUCUCAUUCUUGACUUGUAAGCUCAUCUGCUCUACUAUUGUUAUUCUUAUUUACAUGAUUGUAAGAGAUGGUUAGAUCAGCCCCAGAACCGUGGUCAAUUCGCUAAAUAAUCUACGAUGGAGUGAUGUGAAUAAUCCUGACGCCGGACACUUCAGUACACACGAGUUAUAGUACUAAGUUUUCCUAAAAAUCUGAACCACUAGAUUUUAUGUUAACAUGUCACCAAAAAGCCACUUCCCG